GUGCAGGCGCGCACGGCGCUCACUGCACCCCGCUCCGCGCACCAUGCCGGCCCGCGCCCCGCCGCGCCAUCCCCUGCCACCGCUGUCGCUGCCGCCGUCACCGCCACCGCUGCUGCUGCUGCUGCUGCUGCUCACCCUGGGCGGCCGCCCGCUGCGCGCCGAGCCUGGCGACGGCGUGCAGACCUGGGCGCGCUUUGCGCACCCGCCCGCCCCGGAGGCCGCCGGCCUCCUCCACGACACUUUCCCCGACGGCUUCCACUGGGCCGUGGGCAGCGCCGCCUACCAGACCGAGGGCGCCUGGCGGCAGCACGGCAAGGGCGCAUCCGUCUGGGACACGUUCACCCACCACCCCGCGGCCUCCCCGGAUGUCCCCCCGGCCGCCGGGCCGCCGUCGGGCUCCGCGCCGCCCGCCACCGGGGACGUGGCCAGCGACGGGUACCACAACGUCUACCGCGACACCGAGGGGCUGCGCGAGCUCGGGGUCACCCACUACCGCUUCUCCAUCUCGUGGGCGCGGGUGCUCCCCAACGGGAGAGCGGGCGCCCCCAACCGCGAGGGGCUGCGCUACUACCGGCGCCUGCUGGAGCGGCUGCGCGAGCUGGGCGUGCGGCCCGUGGUCACCCUGAACCACUGGGACCUGCCCCAGCGCCUGCAGGACGCCUACGGCGGCUGGGCCAACCGCGCGCUGGCCGACCUCUUCAGGGACUACGCCGAGCUCUGCUUCCGCCACUUCGGCGGCCAGGUCAAGCACUGGAUCACCAUCGACAACCCCUACGUGGUGGCCUGGCACGGCUACGCCACCGGGCGCCUGGCCCCCGGCGUCCGGGGCGGCCCGCGGCUCGGGUACCUGGCGGCGCACAACCUCCUCCUGGCUCAUGCCAAAGUCUGGCAUCUCUACAACACUUCUUUCCGGCCGACACAGCGGGGCUGGGUGUCCAUCGCCCUCAGCUCCCACUGGGUCAACCCUCGCAGAAUGAACGACCAUGGGGUCAGAGAGUGCCAAAAGUCACUUGACUUUGUGCUCGGCUGGUUUGCCAAACCCAUCUUUAUCGACGGAGACUACCCUGAGAGCAUGAAGAAUAACCUCUCGUCCCUUCUGCCCGAUUUUACUGAAUCUGAGAAGAGGCUCAUCAAGGGAACAGCUGACUUUUUCGCUCUUUCAUUCGGACCAACCUUGAGUUUUCAGCUCUUGGACCCUCGCAUGAAGUUCCAGCAGCUGGAAUCUCCCAGCCUGAGGCCGCUGCUCUCCUGGGUUGACCUGGAAUAUAACCAUCCUCCGAUAUUUAUUGUGGAGAACGGUUGGUUCGUCUCAGGGACCACCAAGAGAGAUGACGCCAAAUACAUGUAUUACCUCAAAAAGUUUGUCAUGGAAACCUUAAAAGCCAUCAGGCUGGACGGGGUCCAUGUCAUCGGCUACACGGCGUGGUCCCUCAUGGACGGCUUCGAGUGGCACAGGGGCUACAGCAUCCGGCGUGGACUCUUCUACGUCGAUUUUCUAAGCCCGGAUAAGAAGUUGUUGCCCAAGUCUUCAGCCUUGUUCUACCAAAAGCUGAUAGAGAGAAAUGGCUUCCCUCCUUCACCAGAAAACCAACCCCUGGAAGGGACAUUUCCCUGUGACUUUGCCUGGGGAACUGUGGACAACAACAUUCAAGUAGACGCCACCCCGUCUCAGUUCACGGACCCCAACGUUUACCUGUGGGACGUGCACGGCAGCAAGCGGCUCAUCCGCGUGGACGGGCUGGUGGCCGAGACGCGCGAGGCGUCGUGCGCGGACCUGGCGGCGCUGCGGCCGCAGACGGCGCUGCUGCGGGACCUGCGCGUCUCCCACUUCCACUUCGCCCUGGACUGGGCGCUGCUCCUGCCUCUGGGCAACCAGUCGCUGGUGAACCGCACGGUGCUGCGCUUCUACCGCUGCCUGGCCAGCGAGCUCGUCCGCGCCAACGUCACGCCGGUCGUGGCCCUGUGGCCGCCGGGGCCCGCGCCCCGGGGGCUGCCGCGCGCGCUGGCUCGCCAGGGCGCCUGGGAGAACCCGCGCACGGUCCUGGCCUUCGCCGAGUACGCGCGCCUCUGCUUCCAGGAGCUCGGCCACCUGGUCAAGCUCUGGAUCACGCUGAGCCCGCCGGCCACGCGCAGCCUGACGCUGGGCGCCGGCCACAACCUGCUGCGGGCCCACGCGCGCGCCUGGCGCCUCUACGACCGCGAGUUCCGGCGCGCGCAGGGCGGGCAGGUCUCCAUCGCGCUGCAGGCCGACUGGGUGGAGCCCGCCUGCCCCUCCUCCCCGCGGGACCGGGAGGUGGCCGAGAGGGUUCUGGAGUUCGACGUCGGCUGGCUGGCCGAGCCCAUCUUCGGCUCCGGGGACUACCCCCGCGCCAUGAGGGACUGGCUGGGCCAGAGAGGCGGCUCCCUGCUGCCGUACUUCACCGAGGAGGAGAAGCAGCUCAUCCAGGGCGCCUUUGACUUUUUGGCUGUGAGUCACUACACCACCACCCUCGUGGACUGGGAGAAGGAAGAUCCAGCGAAAUACAACGAGUACCUGCAGGUGCAGGAAAUGACGGACACCACGUGGCUCUACUCCCCCGGGCACGUGGCCGUGGUGCCCUGGGGGCUGCGCAGGGUCCUCAGCUGGCUCAAGUUCAAGUACGGGGACCUCCCCAUGUACGUCCUGUCCAACGGCAUUGACGAUGAUCUGCUCGCGGCGCAAGACAAGCUGAGGGUGUAUUACAUCCAGAGCUAUGUGAACGAAGCUCUGAAAGCCUACCUAUUGGAUGGCGUCAAUCUCCGUGGAUACUUUGUUUAUUCGCUUAGUGAUCGCACAGCUCCGAAGUUUGGCCUCUAUCGUUACGCUGCAAAUCAGUUUGAGCCCAAAACGUCCGUGAAACAUUAUAGGGAAAUUAUUGACAACAACGGUUUCCCGGGUGCUGGAAAUCUGGAAAGAAUCUGUCCAGAAGAAUUCAUCACGUGUACCAAGUGCAGCUUUUUUGAUAACCGAAAGAAUUUACUGGUUUUCAUAGCUUUUCUAUUGUUUGCUUUUAUCAUUUCCCUCUCCCUUAUUUUUUACUACUCAAAGAAAGGUAGAAGUUACAAAUAGUUCUGAACAUUUUCCCGUUCAUUUAUUUUGAAAUAAUUAUGCACAUACAUCAGCUGUUGACCACUUGCACUUCUUGAUGCUGUGAAACUGGAUUUCAUACAUCUGACCUUUAGGAAACCUUUUUGUGGCACGUGACAGAGGUUUUGUUAUGGGUGUAGGUGAUUGUAAAAUACUGAAUAAUGUAAACAGUGACUGGAUUUGAUCUCUUUUGGGGUGAUGAUAAAAAUGGAUAGGGGCCAUCAAUUCUGGAAGGCAAAAUGCAAAAAUUUUAUAGACAGUGAAUGACAAGCUUAGGCAUAGUUUUAUCUGUGCCCAUCUCUAAAUUUAGUGCUUUACUUAAAGUAAUAAUUGCAAGUGUUAGGAUAAAAAGUUAAGUCCCAGGGAAGCGUCUCUCAACAGCCCAACGCCCAAGCCCCUGUCGAGCCAAGUUUCCCAAGAAAAAGAAGAUGGCGAAUGGAGGAGAGAUGGCCAAGGACUCAGGUUGGAAGGAUUCUUUCGAAAGCAGUGUUUCUGUCAAAUGCUGCUACUAUUAAUUUCCGUAUCUGAUAAACGAUAAACUUAGCAGAGCAAAUUACGGAACAUUGGGCCUUACAUGACUUUUGAAGACUUCCCAGAGGGUGGGUCCUUGACAACUUUGCUUUGCUGGUGCCUUGUCGGGGGCCCAUGUGUGGAGAUGGUCACUAAAGGUUUGCUGAAAAAGAAACAUGAAUCAUGAGAUGUUGGACUCUUGGGGACCACAAACCAGUUCUGGUACACUGCUGUGGUUCUAGGAGGAGAAGAGGAGAGUGCUUAUUAUGAGCAAAAUUAUGAUUAAUUUUGGAGCAGACCUUGGAACGAAGUGACCGUUCCUGAGUGAAUAUAAAUGAGUAAUUACUUGACCUCUGAGGCAUGACUCUGCUUUCUGUCCUUUGGAUUGUGCUGUGAUUUCUUUGAAUCCGUAGUUUCUUAACUUCUUUGCAGGUUCAGAAGCAAUCUGGUCUAUAUCACUGGAAGAUUUUUUUUUGUGAUCAUCGAAGCCCAUUUCAUAUUUUUGCUGCUACUUCUGUCGAACUAGCUUUGAACCGGUUUUGUUUUUGAACUUUUACACUGAAGCAUGCUACUGAUUUCCAGAAAGUACUAAUUGGGUCGUAUCCUCUAAUUUCCCUUAAAUAAGUCCUGCUGAUUUUCUGUUGCACUGCAGUUGGAGAUGGUAAGUCAAGAUCAUAUCAGGAAACUGUGUAAUAAUUAACCUCACUGACACAGGGUUAUAGUGUAUAAUAAAAUACUGUACUGUAUUUUAUAUCAUCUUUAGAGAGGAUGUGAUUUUUUUUCAUGAGAGAUAAGCUUUUUGGUGACAUUCUUUUUAUAUUGUAGUUGUUAAAAUAGGAAACUAGAAAAUCAAAGCCUAUUUUAUGUAUAUAUUUUUCUGGUUAUAAGAGUAAUAUAUAUUCAUUAUAAAAAUUUUAAAACACAGAAACUAUAAAGAAACUACAUAUAAAGAAAAAAUAAAAAUAUGGAAUACAGAAAACCACAGAAACUAUAAAGAUAAAAAUAAAAACCUCAGAAUCCAAAGGUAGUCACUCCUAACAUUUUCUACAUAUUUUUCUUUCACAUAUGGUCAGAUCAUGUUGUAUGUAUCCAGCUUUAUUAAUUUUUAUGAGUAACAUUUCCUUUGUCAUCAGUCUCCAAAAGCAUGAUUUUAAUAGUUGUAUAGUAUUCCACUGUUCUGGUUUGCUAAUGCUGCUGUUACACAAAAUACCAGAAAUGGAUUGGCUUUUAUAAAGGAGGCUUAUUUGGUUACAAAAUUACAGUCUUAUGACCAUGAAAAUGUCCAAACAAAGGC